AUGAGAGGACACCACUUCACUGGGCUGCAGAUCACGGCCACACACAAUGUGUCCAGCUUCUCCUCCAACACGGGGCGGAUGCCAAUAUACAGGAUACGAAUAAGAAGACACCACUUCACUGGGCUGCAGAGUGCGGCCACACACAAUGUGUCCAGUUUCUCUUCCAACACGGGGCGGAUACCAGAUAGGAGGACACCACUUCACUGGGCUGCCGGUAACGGCCGCACACAAUGUGUCCAGCUUAUCCUCGAACACGGGGCCGAUGCCAGUCUACAGGAUGAGGAUAGGAGGACACCACUUCACUGGGCUGCCGGUAACGGCCGCACACAAUGUGUCCAGCUUAUCCUCGAACACAGGGCCGAUGCCAGUCUACAGGAUGAGGGGGAGAGGACACCACUUCACUUGGCUGCAGAACAUGGCCACACACAAUGUGUCCAGCUUAUCCUCGAACACGGGGCCGAUGCCAGUCUACAGGAUGAGUUUUUCAUGAGGACGCCACUUCACUGCGCUGCCAGUAGAGGCCACACACAAUGUGUCCAGCUUCUCCUCCAACACGGGGCGGAUAGCAGUAAUCAGGAUAGGGGAAAAAAGACACCAAGAAUGUUGGCAGAAGAAAAAGAGCGCACUGCCAUAGUUGAACUGCUGAGGCGUUUUGAAAUACCAGACAUACAGGUGCACAUUCAAACCAGGACUUUGGAACACCUUGCUGAAAUAUUAGACCCUGAAGAAUAUAGCAGAUUUAACCUGACCAACUUAAACCCGAAGUGUCCUGACAUUUUUCAAUUCCAAAAAAUUCAAGGAGUAAAAGAUUGGAUUGCCAAGAACAAUCGUACCACUAUUAAAGAUAUAAGGGAUGGCCUAUUGGCUGCUAACCUUCCGCGACUGUCCAGUGCAGUAGCACAGUAUUAUGCUGAGAUGGUGACGAACAUUUCAAACAUGUCCCCCGAUGAAUUUGAGUCACUCUGUAGAACCCUGACCACUGCGAAGUCCAUGUGCCAGAACACACCAAGUUCAUCAACCCGUGGUCUGGACGAUACUAGUUUGCCUUUGGACCCAUACCGCCACGAUGUAUUCAUUGCAUACAGCGGUGAGGAUGAAGCCACCAUAGAACCAGUUCUGCACCAACUAAAGGAAUGUGGAAUCGAGUGUUUUUACGCCAAAGAAGACCUUGCACUUGGAACCUAUGUGAUUACUUCCAUUAUUGAGGCGGUCAAUUCAUCUAGGCAUACCAUCGUGUUCCUGUCCAAGAGUUUUAUCCAGAGUGAUUGGUGUCAGUUGGAGUUGCAGUAUAUCAUACAGAAUGCUAGAAAGUCUAAAGGGCAUGUCGUCAUUCCUGUUGUAAUGAACAUGGCGCCUGAGGAAAUCCCUGGGGAAUUAAGCAUUUGGAAAUAUAUUCUUUUCGACGAUGAAGAGCUCAUUCCGAUGUUUUUGGAAGCUAUAAAAGGACCAAGAGACACUCCGACGUAUGGUCAACUUCGACACGAGAACGAGGUUUUGCGAGACGAGAACGCUGAUUUACGAGAAAAGAACGAGAUUUUGCGAGAUGAGAAUGAAGUUUUACGAGACGAGGUCCGGCAUUUGACAACUAAACUUCGCCCACAAAUCCGAUAAGUGGAUGUCAGUCAAUGUGACGUGAUUUUUUUUGUAAUUGAGUCGUAUACGUCUCAAAUAAUCUUAAGAUUACACCAGGGUCUGGCAUACUUAAUUGUUUAUUGCUUGUUUUAUUAAUUGAAUUCAUUGCCCAAUCAUCUUGUGAAACUGCUCGGGUGGUGUAGUCUUCUUGUGGAUUGUGUUUUUAUUUCAAUGCGAGGCCUACUGAUCUUGUUUAUCUACUUAUAACUUUCUCAUACUCCACGUAACACGUGUCACACCGUAUUGUGCAUUAAUUCUUAUUUUUAUUCUAAAUUUUAGCCACUCAACCAAUGAUACAUGUUUGAUUAUAGAUUACUUUUUUACCAGAAAACGGGUUUAUUAGGUAUAGAUGUCAAUUCUCUUAACAAUUUAAAUCAGGAAUGGAGCAAUUGUUAAAAUCAUCAGGAAAUAUUGGUUCCCUCUCUUUAUAAAGGUCUAACACCCAAAAAGUGACAGUGUCGAACUUUUGUGAACUAGAUGUACUGGGACCACUCUGGGUUAAAUGUACAAAUGCAUGAUGUAAAUCGUUUAAUAAUAGGAUACAAUAAGUGAUCAAUACAGGCCUUAGAUGCUUUAUAUAUACACUGUAUAUACACAUGUAAGGAUUCCUUGGGAUUUUAAUAUGUCGAGCAAACACAAAAUGUUUAAUAUCAUUCCCAGAACGUUCUCAUGAUUUUUUUUCUCUUUUUUAUUUAUUUUUUAUAAAAACUUUAUAAAACGUUCUGUGUUGUCUGAGAAGCUUCAAUGUAAUAAAUAUGUUGCCAUUUUGACCAGGUUCACCACAGGCUUUGUCAAUUUAACCUGAACUAUUAGACUACACAUUUAUUAUGCUGUAAAUUCUACGCUUAAUGCUUAAAUAUCAACAAGGGUUUUGUUUGUGAUAUACGUAAUAAUGCUUAGUGUAGGAGUAGAACUUCCACUGAUUCUGCUGGGUAUCAUAGCUGUAAUUUCAUAAAGUGAAAUUUAAUUUAUUUAUUUAUUUAUUAUUUGCCGUACGUUUCCAUACCACUGUAUACUGGGUAUUGAAUGUAGAAAGCAAAUAUCUGUUUUCUCGUUUGUUUCUGUUCAGUUUUGUUGUCGGUGACAAAAAUUCAUAUUAUGUAAUUGUUUUCCAAAAAGGUUUAUGGUUUCAAAAGUUGUGCACUUACUGACUAGUAGAAAAAGCAAUGUAUUUUUAUAUAUCUUUCUUAUAUAUACAGGUAAUGCAUAUGUCCUGCUUUUUAAGGAUACGAUUCAUAUGCUAUAAACCAUUCCUUUUUUUAAUCGUAUAUGUGUUAUUUAUCUUAAUGUGAAAUGCUAUAGAUUUGCAAUAUAGUACGUUAUGACUCUUUAAACAUCAUGGUUCCAAACCAUAAAUGUGUUUAAUCGCGUAAGUUCUUUUUUAUCUUUAUGAGAUAAAUAUCUUUAUAAGCUUUAGAGUUACCAUCUUUACUGUAUAGUAUGUCAUAUCACUUAAUAUAUCAUGUUUCCAAACCAUAACUUAAAAUCCUUUUUAGUGGGUUUGUGAAAAGUGCGAUUUCUACUAAUGUACUGGUACAUGCAAUAUACGUGCAUGUAUGUUAUCACCCCGUAUCUCAAAUUCCACAAUGGUAUAUCCUAAAUUACAACUUGAAACCAUGGUCUAUUAUGUGCUUUAUGUAGUCCAAGUUAGUAAUUAAGUUGGUUGCGUUAUAUAUAUUGUUGUUGCUUUUGCUUCUUAGUGCUGAAAUAAAACGAAUCAGAAAAAUG